GCUCCUCAAAGGGCAUUGUCCAAGGUCACAGUCAGGUGACCAGAGCCCUUGAGACCUGGCUGAAGCAACAGCGGAGCCUGACCUUUCCCAGGACGGGAAGACACUCAGGAGGGGUCCAGGGAGCCCUGUGGGGGGCCAGAGGAGUCAGUACAGAAGAGCCGAGAGCCUCUGGCCAACCAGAGCUAGGCUUACUCAGAGCCACUCUCCUCCAGGCGAUUGGCCCCUGGGGGUUUCCCAGCCCCCACGCCAUCCUGGGGCCAGCUCUCUCCAGCAGGCGCCACCCCCAAGCAAGUUCAUCCCUGCUAGGUCCUGUGGGUGUGGUUUCUGACAGAUGGCCUGAGGCUGCUUUGUCCCAGUCACCAGGAACAGUCAUUUCUUCCCUGGCUCUGAGCUGAGAGGGCUCUUGGCAGGCUGUCCCACCAGCUUCUCAGCAUGGUUUUCAAGGAGCGACUCAGGGCCUGGAAGAGAAGCUUCUGGCGGCUGAUCCUACUUGCACUUGGCCUCUCAGGGCUGCUCCUGUACGGGCUCCCUGUAGUCAGGCAUCUGGAAGUCCUCAUCCCCAUGGGCGUCUGCCCUUUGGCCAGAAGGCCCCUGAGAGACAACUUCACAGGUCCCCUGCAACCCUGGGCCCGGCCUGAAGUCCUGACCUGUACCUCCUGGGGGGCCCCCAUCAUUUGGGAUGGGACCUUUGACCCAGAUGUGGCCCAGCAAAAGGCUGUAGAGCAGAACCUCACCAUUGGGCUGACCGUCUUUGCUGUGGGCAGGUACCUGGAGAAGUACCUGGAGCGCUUCCUGGAGACGGCCGAGCGCCACUUCAUGGUGGGCCAGCGCGUGGUGUACUACGUGUUCACCGAGCGCCCGGCCGCCGUGCCCCACGUGCCGCUGGGCCCUGGCCGCCGGCUGCGCGUGGAGCGCGUGGAGCGCGAGCGGCGCUGGCAGGACGUGUCGAUGGAGCGCAUGCGCACGCUGCACGAGGCGCUGGGCGGCCGGCUGGGCCGCGAGGCGCGCUUCGUCUUCUGCAUGGACGUGGACCAGCACUUCAGCGGCGCCUUCGGGCCCGAGGCGCUGGCCGAGUCGGUGGCGCAGCUGCACGCCUGGCACUACCACUGGCCGCAGUGGCUGCUGCCCUUCGAGCGCGACGCGCGCUCGGCCGCCGCGCUGGCGCCCGGAGAGGGUGACUUCUACUACCACGCGGCCGUGUUCGGGGGCAGCGUGGCGGCGCUGCGCGGGCUGACGGCGCAUUGCGCGCGGGGCCAGCGGCAGGACCGCGCGCGCGGUUUGGAGGCGCGCUGGCACGACGAGAGCCACCUCAACAAGUUCUUCUGGCUGCACAAGCCCGCCAAGGUGCUGUCGCCCGAGUUCUGCUGGAGCCCCGACAUCGGCCGGCGGGCCGAGAUCCGCCGCCCGCGCCUGCUCUGGGCGCCCAAGGAGUACGCCCUGGUGCGCGCCUAGCCAGGCCAGGCCUCGGCCUGCCCCCGGCCGGCCCCCCGGCCCGGGCCCUGGGGCCCCGCGAGGGCCCGGAGCGCGCGACAGAGGAGAGUCAGCGGGUCCCUCCUGGAAGAGGCGGCCUGGCCCUUUGGAGCGCAGACAGGAUUGGAUGGAAACAGCCCUCCCGCCUCGCUCUCGCGCUGGGCCCGGGGUGGCAGGAGGAGGUCCGGCUCAGGGAACUUGUCACUGGAGAGAAAGAUCCCCUUUCCCUCGCUCACAACAGCGACUGGGGCAUGAC